GUUAAGUAUAUUAUUGUUUAAUUAAAAUUAUAUUAUCAUUAAAACUUAAUAUAUAUUCUUGUAACAAUGUCUUCGUGGAAAAAAGCAGCGAAAGCUACACAAAAAACUCAUCGUGAAAGACAUCAACCAGAGAAUCGUAAGCAUUUAGGUCUUUUGGAGAAAAAGAAAGAUUAUGUUGCUAGAGCUAAAGAUUAUCAAGAGAAACAACAAACUUUGAAACUUUUACGUAAACGUGCUCUUAAUAAAAAUCCAGAUGAAUUUUACUUUCACAUGAUCAAUUCUAAAAUACAUGGUGGGAUUCAUAAAGAGAAGCGAAAACAUAAAGAGUAUACACCAGAACAGAUACACUUGAUGGAAACACAAGAUAUUAGAUAUAUUGCUUAUAAGAGAAAUCUAGAAGCAAAAAAAAUAGAUAGACUACAAAGUGAAUUGCAUAUGAUAGAUGCUGCAAAUGAGACAAAGAAUAAACAUAUCUUUUUUGUAGAUGGCUCAGAGGAAAUCAAAAACUUUGAUAUUGCUAAAAAAUUGGAUACACAUCCAGCAUUAUUAUCUAGACGCACAAACAGACCAAAAUUAAGUAGAUUAAAAGAUAUGAAAUUACCAGAAAUAGAUGAAAAUAGUUUGAAAAGAAUUGAACGUAGUAAACAUAAAGCUUAUCAGGAAUUACAAAAAAGGAUAAACAGAGAAAGAGAAUUGACUAUUAUACAACAAAAAUUGGAAAUAGAAAGAGCACUGAAAGAUAAAAAGGUUAUGAAACCAAAAUUAGUAAAAAAAGGAUCAAAAGAUUCUGCUCCUGUUUACAAAUGGACAUAUGAGAGAAAACGAUAACUAUUAUUUGCAUUUUAGAUAUGAUCUUAAUAAAUUAAAUAAAUCUAUUUUAUAAAUUUUUUAAUGAAUUCUUUGUACAUUUUAAUU